AUGGGAGACGAGAGCGUUUGCCUUGGCACCUUCGGCGAGGCGGCACCCCAGAUUGGGCUCCGACUGGUCCCCGGUGACGGUGCCUCCACGUUCGCCAAGAAGGGGACAUUCCUGGCGGAGCUGUCCAAAGCCUCCCCGGUGGAGUUGCUCCUGCCGAAGCUCACUGAACUUCUGGGCGUGCCUUGUAAUGCCGUGACUCUGAUGCAUGAGGGUCGCACGCUGGACACGGAGAAGAGCCUCACGGAAAACGAGAUCACGAUUCCAGGAGCCCGUGCACGACGGGAAGGGGAGAAGGUGAUGCGAGAGAAGAAGGCUCGUGAGGAAAUAGAGCGUGAGGAGGAGCGUCACAAGAAAGCGAAUCGUGCCAACGAGCUCUUCGAGGAACAAAUCGCUACACAGGUGGGCGUCAACCGUGAACAGUAUGAGUUGAUUCUUCGAAACCCUGACCCAGAUGUGAAGAAGCCCAGGCAUUUCCUGCAGCGCUUAGUGCCUGAGCAGGAGCGAGCCUUGAUGCAGCUCUUGAGCGCCAGCGGCGGGGGCGGAGGGGGCACGGUCUGGGCCUAUGAGGUGCACCACCAGGAGCUCCGAGAACGCUAUGAGCGAGCCAAACAGGGCCUCCAAGCGGAUGCUGCCAACAUCAAGCGGAUGGAGUCCUCCACCACGAACUCUUUGCUCAAGCAGACCGAUCUGGGCUUUUUGGGCCCCUUCGACCCAAGUGUCAACGAGUUCUGCCUUUGGCAUGGAACAGCCCGACUGGAAGGAGCUGGUGGAAUCUGUGCCAAUGGAUUUGACAUUGCCUAUGUGGGCUCUGCAGUGGGCACGGCCUGGGGUCAUGGCUUCUACUUUGCAGACUCUGCCAGCACCAGCAUGGGCUACACCGGCGGCGGUGUGCGGGUGACUGAAGUGCAGCUGGGCGGCCAUGGAGGUGGAGGGAUGGUCGGUGAGAGUGCAGUGGGUUGGAAGAAAGAUCCGCUCAAAGAAGGAAAGGCAAUGUUUUUUUGA